CUGCAGAGUGGACUUAGUGUUCAGUGUAAUGAUUAGCAGAUCCGUGUACGGUGUUUGUAUUUCUAUUUUUAUAUAGGUAGUUAGAUCGUUUAAGUCAUGUGUUUACGCUCUGGUGGAAAAACACGUCGUCGGAUUGUUUACUACAAUGAAUAUGAGUGAAAAUUUGAGCCCGGUGUUUGGAUAAAUCAUUUAUAUUACACAGUCAUGGCCGGGCUGAUCAAGAAACAGAUCCUCAAGCACCUUUCCAGGUUUGCCAAGAACCUGUCCCCAGAUAAGAUCAACUUAAGCACACUAAAAGGUGAGGGACAGCUGACCAAUUUGGAGCUGGAUGAGGAGGUGCUACAGAACAUGCUUGAUCUUCCCACAUGGCUAGCCAUCAAUAAGGUGUUCUGCAACAAGGCAGCUAUACGGAUACCAUGGACCAAGCUGAAAACACACCCUAUAACACUGUCACUGGAUAAAGUAGUAAUGGAAAUGAGCACAUGUGAUGAGCCACGUCCACCCAAUGGCCCUUCUCCCAUCGCAACAGCCUCAGGUCAAAGUGAGUAUGGUUUCGCUGAAAAGGUAGUCGAGGGCAUCUCGCUGUCCAUAAACUCCAUUGUGAUCCGGAUCAGUGCGAAAGCCUUCAAUGCUUCCUUUGAGCUUUCUCAGCUGCAGGUCUUCAGCGUCAACACCAGCUGGGUGGCUAGUGACCUGCGCUACACUCGAAUACAGGACCCAGCACGGGGAGAGAUCCUGACUUUUAAGGAGGUAAACUGGCAGAUGAUUCGGAUAGAGGCUGACGCUAUCCAGAGCUCUGAACAUGAGGUGCUUAGCGCCCCCAUUAGGCUUAUUACCAAUCAGUCCCGAAUCAGAGUCACACUCAAGAGGAGGAUGAAGGACUGCCAUGUGGUGGCAUCCAAGCUAAUCCUGAUCCUGGAUGACCUGCUCUGGGUGCUGACAGACUCCCAGCUUAAGGCAAUGGUACAGUACGCAAAGUCCCUCAGUGAGGCCAUGGAGAAAUCAGCUCUUCAGAGGAAGAGCAUGGCACCUGACGCUUCUCAGGCCCCGAUGGCGCCUCCCUCUGCUCAGCCGGUACACAUGCAGCAGGCUGCAGAUCCCAGUGCCUCUAUGGCUCACCUCUUCAGUGCUUACGAUGUUUGUGAGACCUCGCACCACCUGCAAAUUACACACCUAGAUCUGCACAUCUGUGAUGACAUCCACGCCAAGGACAUUGGAAUCAAUAAGAGGAUUGAGGGUGGAGCCAUGCAACUUUCCUUUAGUUCUAUCACACUAGACUACUACCCCUUUCACAGAGCAGGUGAGAGCUGCCAACAUUGGAUGCACUAUGGUGAUGCCACUAAGACGCGCGAAAGCUGGGCUCGUGCCCUCUUGGAGGAGUAUAGGUCUAACGUGGAAAUGCUGAAAAACAGUGUUAGUGGACAAACGCAGAGCUCUCCUCAGCAUGGAAAGAUCACCACCAGCACUAGCACUUCCUUCUCUACUUCUCCCUCUCCAAAGACCCAGCUCAUGUCUAGCUCUGUUGUUCUACGCAUGGCUGACUUUAGUAUUUACCAGGUGUCUACAGCAGACCAGCGACGCACCUCUCCUAAAGCGAUGAUAUCCUGUAAUAAAAAGACCCUGUACCUUCCCCAAGAAAUGCCUGCUAUUCUUAUGGAAUUCACUGAGUAUUAUUUUCCUGAUGGAAAGGACUACCCCAUUCCAUGUCCUAACCUGUAUGUGCAGCUAAAUGCACUGCAGCUGGUGGUGGAUGCACGCAGCCUGGUGUGGCUCAACCUGUUCGCUUUGGACAUGCGUCACAGCCUGGAACAGUUCAUGGAGCUCUACAAGCUCAACGACUCGCAAAAGCCUGAUGAGCACAUCGAUAUCAGGGUGGACGGUCUAAUGUUAAAGUUGGUGAUCCCGGCUGACAAGGACCAGUCCCAGCAAGACCAGCCUCGCUCCAUUUCAGUGCAGACAUCGGAAAUGGUGGCCACAAACACACGUCACGCAACUGGCUGCUCUCGCUCUGACCUUGAAGGUCUUCUGCAGGCAUUUCGGGAGCAGGCCUUUUUCACCUCUUCAUCGUCUUCCUCCUUUCCUGUGUUGCACCCAGUCUUCCAGCGCCAUGCCCACGAACGGGACACGCGGCUGCACGACAUUUAUCGUGGCCUGGCAUCACCUGCCCUCAGCACCAAUGCCCUCAAGACACCUUCAGCUACUGACCUAUGGGCCCUUCGCUUUACCCAGUUCUGGGUGGACUACGAGGGUGCGCGUGGACAUCGUCCUGCACCGUGUGUCGACUCAUUUCCCCUCAGCUUGUGGCUGUGCCAGCCUGCCCGCCACGCCCAACACCAGCAGAGAUUAAAAGCAAAUGCAGACAUGGCAGCGCCGCCAUCUGAUAUUACAGAUCGGAUAAAGAGGAAGAAGCUGCUGAAGGAGUAUUAUAGCACUGAGAUUUUGCCUGACAAGCCAACCAAUGGCCUGCGCAAGCCCCUCUCACUGGACGGCUUAAAAGGUGGCGACUCUUCCUUGGUUUCUUCUUCGUCAGAUGCAGACAUUCAAGUGUUGGUACAUGUGCAGAAAAUGUUAAGUGCACAGGCUAGCCGUGGCCAGUAUGUGUUCUUGCUGCGACUGCAAGAGGCCCUGAAGUCGCUGCAGCGCACGCUGCAUAAAGACCUCGAGAAACAUGGUUUGGCAAGCCAGGCAACCGGACUGCCAUUUGGUGCUUGUGUGGGCCUUCUGGUGAGUAGUGCCGAGGUUGCACUCCUACUGAAGCCUGUUCCCACAGCCGAUUCUGACAUCAGCCCACUGGGCUCUGAUCUCUCACCCUCUGGGAGCAGGGUCACUCUAGAGGCUGGCAGCGAAGCAGGAGAGAGCACAGCUUGCACUGCCAAACCCUCAUGCCAUGUAGACCAGCUGCUGUGUGCUGAUAUUGAGGUGCAGUCCCAAAACAUUCCACCUCUCCUGCCCUCCUCUGCGCCUUCUCUGGCUGAGAAGAAAGCACCUGUCGAAGACAAAAAUGCAGGGUCAGGCUCAGAGGAGAAAGGACAUGGCAGAGAUGGCCCUCAGCAAGAGGAGGGAGAGAAAAUAGAGCCUAAAGUUCAGCAUUGUGAAGUUUCAUUGGGCAGAUCUGGUGCAAUAGACCCCCUGGUUGAGCCAUUAUCCUGGAAUGACAAGAGCCAAGGAGCCAGACUACCUCAGUCCAUGUCCAGUGGCCGUCUGAUACGGGACCGGUCACAGUCCAGUUUCUCAGUGUCCUACAAGAACAUGAAGAAAAGUCCAUCUCUGCAAUCUCUGGACAACCUUUCUAUGGACAGCUCUAUUGCAGAGGACAGUGAUUUUAACAUGCUGGACAGAGAUGACGUGUCUAUCUCUGGCUUUAAAGCCACUCUGAGUGAUCCAAAUGCUACAGAGCGGGCCACUGAGGUGCUGGUGCAGGACGCAGAUGAGACCCAGUCACCCGAUGCUGUCAGUGCCACCUCGCAGAGCACUGAUGAUCCAACCAAAGAUCUGGUUUCAGUGAUGGUCCUGAAGGUCCAUUCUGUGUGUGGAUGUCUGGACGUGAGAGGGGAUAACACUACGCUGGCUGUGGAGGUGGGGCAGGUCCGCACCAAUCAGCUGGGCAAUGUCAGUCUCCGCCAGUAUCUUAGCAACCGCAGUCUUGGCUCAAGCUUGGACCAAAAACCUUGUAUUGCGCCGCUGAGUCCGGAGGUGCAGAUCAGACUGGAGAGUGGACCUGAUGCAGCUGCUCACUCACCAUUGGCUGAACACAAUGGGUUUUUGCAAUGCCAGCUGCAGGCUUUCAGUGCUGACUUCCUCAUGGCUUCGCUGAGAAACCUCGCCAUUUUUCUAGAGGAUGACUCUGCCUCGCAGGUGCUCCCCAUGGAGAUCACGAUCAAGGACACACACAUAAACCUGAAGGAUGAUGUUCCCCGAGACAGUCCUUCAGAGACGGAAUCUACUCCAGUGUCCCUUCACAUCCACAAUCUGCUGGUGUUGCGCAGAGAUGAUGGCUCCUUCCACAUUGGAUAUAAAUCAUUAGUGGAGCAUGCUGCAGAGGCAGAGCCUAAGAUAGCAAAACCUGUAACUGACAGCAGGAUCAGUUCAGUCCCUGGAGUGCCUGAGCUUGUAACCAGUGAGCCCAAAGCCACUCAGACUGCACCCCUGUCACCCGUCAGCCCCAUACCCACCAACAAAGAGAAGCUGCUGACUGAAGAGAACGAGUGCUUGAAACUGGAGCUCUCCAGGACCAAGAUGGCCCUUGCGGAGGCCCAGAUGGAAAAAGACUCCCUGCUGCACCAAAUGAAGAGCCUCAAACUCAACAGUGGGGGCUGCACCAGCUAACAGUGGUGUGGCAGAAAGCUUAGAGAGGCUGGCACAAAAGAAAAGACAUCUAUAGAAGAGAAGUAUGUUGUAUUUAGGAAAAGAGCUGUACAGAGAGGGCGAGUGAAGAGACAUGCUUUGAAGGCUUCUCUCGUCCCAGCCUUGACCAUGUUUUCAUAAUGGACGACCUGUAUUUCCUCGCUUUUGUGAUCCGGCAGUUUGGAAAUGUCACUCUCAAUUGCUAUGCGUGAGGGCCAUUUGUUCAACCCUACGGUCAGAGCCAGAGACCAUGGGAAUUGUCUGUGUCUGUGUCUGUGUGUGUGUCUGUGUGUGUGUGUGUGUGUGUGUGUGCGCACACUUUGCUGUCAUAGUAAGUCUGACAACUGUCUUAAGUCUGGUUUAUGCCUCAUCAGAAGGGCAGCAGGGCGCCUUAUAACAGAUUUCAGAAAACCUGGAGUGUUAAUGGUUUAUCAAGGCAAUAAGAGGUUCUAAACUAUCCAAUACAGUAGUAAUCGGUGGAAGUAGAUAUUUGCUGACUUUUCCUGGUUAUUGUCAGUUCCAAUUUCAAAUGCAGAUUUUGCCAAAUAUUUUUAUAGAUUACCAACCACUUAGUCAAUGAUAAACCAGUAAGUGUCUGGUAAGCUUAUAGCAACACCCUAAAACACGGAUGUCCAAACUACAGCCUACGUAGUUUUUGACAUUACUAUUUUUAAAAUGACUCGCAAGGUAUUUCCUUGUUUAUCCACAACUUUAUCCAGGUGAGGGUUGCGGUGGGUCCAAUAUCUCCAGAAUCACUGGGCGCAAUGCAAUGACACACCCUGCACAGGAAGGCAAUCCAUUGUGAGGCAACACAUGGCCCAUAAUGUCUGUAUGUAGAUGCCUGACCAGUACGUAGAUACAAACCCAGGAUCACAGUGGUGGUGGGCAAGUGUAAUUUUUUUCCCCCCUUUUUCUCCCACUUUAGCGCAUCCAAUUUCUGCCCUUCAGUCAUCCUCUUACUAAUGCUGGUCCCUGCUCCUGAUUGGGGAGGACGAGGCUGCUCCACGCCCCCUCCGACACGUGCACAGCAAUCGAACAUCUUAUGACCUACACUUGACGAGUGGAGUGCAGUGCAGCGCUGUGUACGGAGAGCCACACCCUCUACCGCACUCCUUUCCCAUCUCUGUGCAGGCGCCACCAACCAGCCAUACUCGCGCUAGUCUGAGAGAGAGUCCCCAUCUGGCUUAGUCCCGCCCCUAUCUGAACAACAGGCCAAUCGUUGUUCAUGUGGCUGCUCAGCCUCAGCCGGGAGGCAGAGCCGAGAUUCGAUACGAUGUAUUCGAGAUCUCAGCUCUGGUGAACAGCGUGUGUUUUUACCGCUGCACCACCUGAGCGGCCGGCAAGUGUAAUUUACCGCUGCGCCACGCCAUUCAUUUAAUCAUUAACCCAAUUCUAAUAUUAAAGCUUGUAGUGUCUGCUAAUACUUACAGUAUAGUAACAUGUUCACAGUAACCAAGAUGACUUGCUGCGAUCGCUUGUAAUGUCAGAUAAAAUCUGACGAAAUGAGUCAGUCAGGAAAAAUUAGAUCAAUUUGGAAAAUCUGAUAUGACUCAGCAUCUGAUAUGACCUCAGCCUUUGAUCAGGACAUCAGUUUUGAUCAAGACAUCCCAGUUGUCAGAGUAUCUCAACAUCCUGGCCGUGCUAUGUGUGAUGCUUUUAAAACUGUAGUCGGUUCAAAUGUACUUUACAUAAAAUAAUUCCUAAACACUAACUCCACUAAACACAGUUAGUUUUAUGUUGAUUUGAAAGUGUAAAGUUUUAAUAAAUUAAAUGCAACAUUUGAUGCAUUUAAAGUCUGUGUGUGUGUGUGCGCUAAGCAUUGUUAUGCUACUUGUAUGCUAACAGUUUAACGUCCAAAUAUGAAAGCGUAGAGAAGCUCGGGUAUAGCAGACUUUAAAUAGGCAGUGUUUAGUACACUAGUAUGCACAAAACUGUAGAUUCCGCCAAUGCACUCAUUCAGUCAUGUGAUUAUUCUCAUCUUAGAGCAGCUCAGAGGUUCGCUCUCACAUGUCAAUCACUAACAUUUUCCUAACUCUAUUCCCUGAAGCACCUGUCAAACCAUCUGAAGUUUUCAGAGCCUGUUUUGGAAGGAGGCAUAAACUAGGCUUUAGUCUUUAACUAGUUCAGGAAACUCUGAAUGUCAUAUCAUGAGAAGAAUGUCUUUACCAGACAAUUUGCACAUCACUGAACUACGUAAAACUGUAAAAUAUUCUUAGAACUAUUGAACUAUUAACAGAUUGUGUUUGUGUUUAUAGUGAAGAUAACAUAGGAAUGUUUAUACAGUUUUUCUCUCUGUGUGUGUGUGUGUGUGUGUGUGUGUGUGCAGGGGUGGGUUUUUAUAUGUUUUAUUACAUAAAAAUGUUUUUCCCCGAAAGACAUCAUUCCAUGUACACUACAAUAAUUUCCAUAAUGCGACAUUGCACUUAGCUGUUGAGUAUGUGUGUUGGUGUAGCACUGUGUGGUGUGAAGGCUAGGUGUGCAGCAGCUGUUAAAACUGUUAGGUAGAGAAAGAUUUUGUAAUCCGCUUGGAUUUAGCUGGUGUGUGAAUGUGUGUGCUACCAUUCAUUGUGUUGUAGGACAUAUUUUCAUAUGAUACUUUUUUAAUGAACUGAUUUGCUGUGCAGUGUUUGCAGUUCUUGACGCUUAGUGAGCCUGUGGAUUUUUCACAAUAAGACUCUUGUUAUAAUGGGCCCACUAGUAUUUCGGUACACCUGUGGUGAUCCCCGCUCUUCCCACAGAACAGAUGUACCACUUUUUUUUAAAGUCACAAUACUAUUCUUUUUGCCCAGCUUUAAUUGCACCACAGAUUUAGCUUUAAUACUUGAUGAACUGGUUCAGUUGUUUAGUGUAUUUAGGCUAGGAUUUAGGCCUGUGUUUGUAUGUUUAGUAACUGCUACUUGGUUUAGUCCAAAACACCAAUCCUAUCUGUGCUCUGUUUCUCUCUGCAUCCCUCAGUCCUCACAGCAGCCUGUACAAGUGCCUGUCACUGCACACACUCACCAGUGGCUUGGUUUAAUCUUCUAAUUCUGAAUGUGGGUUUCAACCCUUUUCUGGUUUAGUAAAAUGGACACAUUUACCUGCAGAAAGAACUGUAAGAUCACAGCGCUUUAAAAAAAAUUACAUUUUCUUCUCAAAAUGGAAAAAGCUAAAUACAGUAAGACCAGUGAUGUCAUUGUGUCAGUAUCAAGCAAAGAAAUAAUUAUAUUUUCACUUUAUUUUUACUACUAAAUCAUGUAUCUCCUUUAUUUAUGCUGCCACAUGUCACAUUUGUAAAACAUGCUAGCCCACUGUUUCUGACAUCCGUGGAUAUCGGCUGGUCAGGGAUCUCCACAAAUUUAACUGGCUAAGUUGGGGAUUGAAAGGGGGUUGAACAGCUUAGCCAUCGUGAGGUUCACUUGUCAAUGAGCUCUGAGUGCCGAUCACAAGGGCAGCUGGUGUACAAAUCAUGCAAAAUCACGUAUGGGGAUCUGCUGUGUUGACGCGUAAUUAGGGGAGCAGGAGAAAAUAAAAAAUCCUUAUUGGGAGUCAAGUUCUCCCCCCUUGCUUGAUACAGACACAGUGACCUCACUGGUUCUGUUUUAUUUGUCUCGUCAUAAUAAAUGGUUUUAAAUACAAAAAAAGGCAUUUUUGAAUGCUGUGCAAAUACUAAGAAAACGACUGUUCCCAUUUUACAUCUCAAAACAGGCUGUCCACAAUCUGAACAAAAUCAACCCUGAGACUGUAAACAAUGCUAAAAAAUGUGAAAAAACUUAAACUAAAAUAAUUUAACAUGAAAGCUGCUGAAGUAUCUCUGAUUAAAAAAAGAAUAAACAAUUUUUAAAAAUG